AUGGACGGGGCUGUAGACGGGGCGGAGAUGGAGGGGCCGCUCUUCCUGCAGAGCCAGCGCUUCGGGACCAAGCGGUGGAGGAAGACCUGGGCCGCGCUGCACCCCGCCAGCGCGCACGGCGUGGCGCGCCUCGAGUUCUUCGAGCACAAGGGUGCGGGCGGCGGCCGCGGAGGCUCGCGGCGCCUGGACUGCAAGGUGAUCCGCCUGGCCGAGUGCGUGAGCGUGGCCCCGGUGGUCGUGGAGCACCUGCCCGAGCCCGGGGCCGCCGCCUUCCGCCUGGACACGGCGCAGCGCUCCUACCUGCUGGCCGCCGAUGCGCAGUCCAGCGCCGCCUGGGUGCAGGCGCUCUGCCGAAAUGCCUUUCCGAAAGGCAGCUGGACCCUCGCACCGGCUGAGGACCCACCCAAACUCUCUGCUCUGGAGAUGCUGGAGAACUCGCUGUAUAGCCCUGCCUGGGAGGGAGCCCAAUUUUGGGUCACAGUGCAGCGGACAGAGGCCUCUGAGCGGUGCUCGCUGCACGGCUCGUACGUGCUGAGAGCAGAGGCCGAGGGCCUGACGUUGCUGACCGCGGGGACGCAGGGCCAGGGCCUGGAGCCCCUCCUGUCCUGGCCCUACACUCUGCUGCGGCGUUAUGGCCGCGACAAGGUCAUGUUCUCCUUUGAGGCUGGCCGCCGCUGCCCUUCUGGCCCCGGGACCUUCACCUUCCAGACUAUGCAGGGCAAUGACAUCUUCCAGGCCGUGGAGGCUGCCAUCCACGAGCAGAAGGCUCAGGCCAAGGCUGGCCAGGGCCCCGAGCUCCUGAGAACAGACUCCCGGGAUGGAGAGGCGGCCGAGGGCAAGCCGGCAUCCCCUCGCGGCCCCCCGAAGCUCCUGGGUGGACUCCCGGUCCUGUAUGCAGAACCACUGGACUCCCUGCGUGUUCCUCAGGCCCCUGACCAGGACUGCCUGUACUCAGACCCCUUGGACAGCACCGCUGCCCAGGCGGGGGACGGCUCUCAGGUGAAGAAGCCAUGUCUCUACUGGGACCUGUAUGGCCACGUGCAGCAGCAGCUGCUGAAGACCAGUCUGGAAGACCCCAAGGAGGACCCCAUCUACGAUGAGCCCGAGGGCCUGGCCCCGGCCCCUGCGCGCAGCCUCUAUGACCUGCCCCAGGAGCCUCGGGACGCAUGGUGGUGCCAGGCACGGCUGAAGGAGGAGGGUUAUGAGCUGCCCUACAACUCCAACACCGAUGACUACGCCGUGCCCCCUCCGCGGACCAGACCGCUCUUGGCCCCCAAGCCCCGAGGCCUGGCCUUCCUGGAGCCGGGGGCGGCCAUGCGUGGGGGUGGCCACAGCGACACUGUCCUCUAUAGUCAGGUGCAGAAGAGUGGGGCAGCGGGGAGCUGGGACGGUGGUCUCCCCAGAGCAGGCGCCAGCAGGACUGGGGUCAAGUCUGAGGGUCCCCUGUGA